AACAGCCUAAACUUUGUUUCUCUCUUUGCAUUGUAUCUUCUGUUCUCCGUUUGUCUUCCGAGAAAAUUAAACUAGUAAAAACUUGUUUUUAAUCGUCGUGUUCCCCUCUCCUUGUUCUUUAGAACAUACACGUAUAAUCUUCGUGGUGUUUCUCUUUCAGACGGGGACUCUUUCUUCUUUUCGUAUUUUCUGAAAGUUUCUUCUGGAAGACUUGUUUUGCAUUUUAACGAUCUCUCUGCCGCACUGUAAAUUUCGCAUCGAUAAUUAUAACAUUUUUCCUUCACACGUAGCUUAAUCUUGAAGUAACGCGAAUUGCUUGUAUUUUUAUCUAUCACGAUUUGGCUCUUCGUAGGUGAUCUGUUUAGGAGGAUUUUUAUUUCCAUUGGAGUCCGCAGUAUGAUUCGCUGUUGAAGAUAUAGGAGUCUCGUUUGCAGAGAUGAAGAGGUCCAGAGAAGAGCUUUACAUGGCCUCUCAACUCAAGCGGCCUAUGGCUUCUUCUCGAGGAGAACCAUCUGGCCAGCCCCAGAUGCUGGCAGGGGCAACUACGCAGAAACUAACAACCAAUGAUGCCCUAGCUUAUCUCAAGGCGGUGAAGGACAUAUUUCAAGACAAUAGGGAAAAAUACGAUGACUUUCUUGAAGUCAUGAAAGAUUUCAAGGCUCAAAGGAUUGACACUACGGGUGUCAUAGCAAGGGUAAAAGAGUUAUUUAAGGGCCAUCGAGACCUAAUUUUGGGUUUCAAUACCUUCUUGCCAAAGGGAUAUGAGAUCACCCUCCCAAAUGAGGAUGAACAACCUCAACCAAAGAAACCUGUUGAAUUUGAAGAAGCAAUCAGUUUUGUUAACAAGAUAAAGACACGAUUUCAAGGUGAUGAUCACGUAUAUAAGUCAUUUUUGGACGUUUUGAAUAUGUACAGAAAGGAAAGCAAGUCCAUCAGUGAGGUCUACCAGGAGGUUGCUGCACUUUUCCAAGAUCACGAAGACCUGCUUGUUGAGUUCACUCAUUUUCUGCCUGAUGCCUCAGCAACAGCCCCCACUCAUUAUGCCCAAUCUGGUAGGAAUCCAAUGCUCCGGGACAGAAGCUCUGCCAUGCCUAUAAUGCGACAAGUGCAUGUUGACAAGAAAGAAAGGGCAAUGGCUUUACAUGGUGAUCGAGACCUUAGUGUUGACCGGCCUGAUCCAGACCAUGAUAGAUCUUUGGUCAGAGUGGAGAAAGAGCAACAGAGGCGUGGUGAAAAGGAUAGGCGAGAAGACAGAGACAGGAGAGAACGAGAUAGGGAUGAUAGAGAAUUUGAGCAUGACAGCAGUAGGGAAUUUAAUAUACAGCGAUUUCCCCACAAGCGAAAAACUUCUCGUAGGGUUGAAGACACUGCUGAACAAUUGCAGCAAGGUGGGGACGGUGAUGAGAACUUUAAAGUGCAUCCUAAUUCAUCCUCCUAUGAAGAUAAAGGUUCCAUGAAAAGUUUGUGUGGUCGAGAGUUUGCCUUUUGCGAGAAAGUUAAAGAGAAGUUACGAAACCCUGAUGACUACCAGGAAUUCCUGAAGUGCCUUCAUAUUUAUAGCAAGGAAAUAAUUACAAGAUCAGAAUUGCAAUCUUUGGUGGGUGAUUUACUUGGAAGAUACCCGGAUCUUAUGGAUGGAUUUAAUGAAUUUUUGGCACGUUGUGAGAAGAAUGAUGCACUCCUUGCUGGUGUCAUUAAUAAAAAACCCUUCUGGAAUGAUGGACAUUUACCCAGACCAGUAAAGAUAGAGGAUAGGGACAAAGAUCGAGAUCACGAAAAGGAUGAUGGGGUUAAAGAUAGAGACCGUGAAAACCGAGAAAGGGAUAGACUUGAAAACCGGGAAAGAGAGAGACUUGACAAAAGUGGAAGUAAAGAUGUUGGGGGUCAUAAGAUGUCUUUAUUUUCCAGCAAGGAUAAGUAUAUGGCAAAACCUAUUAAUGAACUUGACUUAUCCAAUUGUGAGCGCUGCACUCCUAGUUACCGUCUGCUGCCAAAGAUUUAUCCGAUACCUUCAGUUAGCCAUAGAACAGAGCUUGGUUCCAAAGUAUUGAAUGAUCAUUGGGUAUCUGUCACAUCAGGAAGUGAGGAUUACUCUUUUAAACACAUGCGCAAAAAUCAGUACGAAGAAAGCUUGUUUCGAUGUGAAGAUGACAGGUUUGAACUGGAUAUGUUGUUAGAGUCUGUGAAUGUAACAACCAAGCGCGUUGAAGAGCUAUUGGAGAAGAUCAACAACAAUACAUUGAAAAUUGACAGCCCAGUUUGUAUUGAGGAACACUUCACAGCUCUGAAUCUCAGGUGCAUUGAACGCUUAUAUGGUGACCACGGGCUUGAUGUGAUGGAUGUGUUGAGGAAGAAUGCACCUCUUGCUUUGCCAGUUAUACUAACACGCUUGAAGCAGAAACAAGAAGAGUGGGCGCGGUGUCGUUCUGAUUUUAACAAAGUUUGGGCUGAAAUUUAUUCUAAGAACUAUCACAAAUCGCUUGAUCAUCGUAGCUUCUACUUCAAGCAACAGGACACAAAGAGCUUGAGCACGAAAGCCUUAUUGGCGGAGAUCAAAGAAAUUAGUGAGAAAAAGCGCAAGGAAGAUGAUGUGCUACUUGCUAUUGCUGCUGGAAAUAGGCGACCAAUCAUUCCAAAUUUGGAAUUUGAGUACCCUGAUCCAGACAUCCAUGAAGAUCUAUAUCAGCUAAUUAAAUAUUCCUGUGGAGAAGUUUGUACAACCGAACAGUUGGAUAAAGUUAUGAAGAUUUGGACAACAUUUCUGGAACCCAUGCUUGGUGUUCCUUCUCGGCCUCAGGGUGCAGAGGAUACCGAAGAUGUUGUUAAGGCAAAAAGCCAUCCUGUCAACAGCCGUGCUGCAACUGUUGGGGAAACUGAUCUCAUUGCUGGUGGUGGCAGUGCCACUGCCAUGAAUCCUUCACAUUCCAAUCCUUCCAGAAAUGGUGAUGAAAGUAUUCCACCAGAACAAGCAAGUUCUUGCAGGGCUUGGUCAGUAAUUGGGGAUAAUGGAGUUAAAGAAGAAAGUCCUCUUGAUGCUGAACAUAUUGUACAUAAGAGUGAUACUUUCUGCAACCCUCCAAACGGUAAAGUACAGAUCAAUGCAUCUAUGGCUGAUGAACAAUCUGGAGUCAACAAGAAAUAUAACUCCAAUGAACGAAUAGUCAAUUCAAGCACAUCCCUUGCCACUGGAGUGGAGCAAAGUAAUGGAAGAACUAACAUAGAGAACGCAUCAGGGCUUAGUGGUACUCCAUCCAGACCUAGCAAUGCUGCUGUUGAGGGCGGGGUCGAUCUACCUCCAUCAGAGGGUGAUGACUCUACAAGACCAGUUAUAUCCACCAACGGGGUGGUGUCAGAUGGCAUCAAAGUUCAGAGAUUCCAUGAAGAAUCAGUUGGACACUUCAGAGUAGAAAGAGAAGAGGGUGAAUUAUCUCCAAAUGGAGAUUUUGAGGAGGAUAAUUUUGCAGUUUAUAGAGAUUCUGGUUUGGAGGCCGUGCAGAAAGCAAAGGAUGGUGCUAUGGGCAGACAAUAUCCAACCAGACACAGAGAAGAAGAUAUAUGCUGUGCAGAGGCAGGAGGAGAAAAUGAAGCCGAUGCCGAUGCCGAUGAUGAAGGUGAGGAAAGUGCUCAGAGGUCUUCUGAGGACACUGAGAAUGCUUCUGAAAAUGGGGAUGUAUCUGGAAGCGAGUCUGCUGAUGGUGAGUGUUCCCGUGAAGAGCACGAGGAAGAUGGAGAUCAUGAGCAUGAUAAUAAGGCUGAGAGUGAAGGUGAAGCCGAAGGGAUGGCUGAUGCACAUGAUGUUGAAGGAGAUGGGACAUCUUUACCAUAUUCGGAGCGCUUUUUACUUACAGUGAAGCCUCUUGCAAAGCAUGUCCCAUCAGCGUUGCAUGAGAAAGAGAAGGAUUCUCGGGUUUUUUAUGGAAAUGACUCCUUAUAUGUGCUUUUCAGGCUUCACCAAACGUUGUAUGAGAGAAUACAAUCAGCAAAGGUUAAUUCAUCAUCUGCUGAAAGGAAAUGGAGGGCUUCAAAUGAUUCAAGCCCUACAGAUCUUUAUGCCAGAUUCAUGAAUGCACUUUACAAUUUACUUGAUGGUUCUUCUGACAAUACAAAAUUUGAGGAUGAUUGUCGAGCUAUUAUUGGAACUCGUUCAUAUGUUUUAUUCACGCUAGACAAACUGAUAUAUAAACUUGUUAAACAACUUCAAACAGUUGCCACUGAUGAGAUGGACAACAAGCUUCUCCAACUAUAUGCAUAUGAAAAAUCAAGAAAACCUGGAAGAUUCAUUGAUAUAGUUUAUCACGAAAAUGCUCGUGUUCUUCUCCAUGACGAGAACAUAUAUCGCAUUGAAUGUUCAUCUACACCAACUUGUUUGUCUAUCCAACUUAUGGACUAUGGUCAUGAUAAGCCCGAAGUGACUGCUGUUUCCAUGGACCCAAAUUUUUCGGCAUAUUUGCACACUGACUUCCUUACAGUUGUUCCUGAAAAGAAAGAGAAGUCUGGAAUCUUCUUGAAGAGGAAUGUUCGCAAAUAUGCCAACGGUGAUGAAUUUUCUACAGCUUGCCAGGCAAUGGAAGGAGUUCAAGUUGUCAAUGGAUUAGAGUGUAAGAUAGCUUGCAAUUCAUCCAAGGUCUCAUAUGUUUUAGAUACAGAAGACUUAUUGUUCAGGGUGAAAAGGAAAAGGACAACUUACGGCUCAUGCCAUGACCAGGCAGUGUCGUCAAGUAGACUACAACGAUUUCACAGACUGCUUUCUAGCUGAUACUAGACUUACUGUGACCCUAAGUAGAUAUGCAUUUUGCACGCGAUAGUUACUCAGGUACCAGAGUCGGAAAGAUUAUGGCGCCACGGAAGGAAAAGCUUUCGUGGAAUCAUCUUCCAUUUGUUCUCACAUUUCUGUCUCACCAACCAAAUAAAAGAAUUGAAGAGAAGGGGGGGAGGGAUAUGGCUUAACGGGUGUGGUAUAAUGUAUGUAUGUAUGUAUGUAUGUGGCGUUUUUGGCCACAUGUAAAUAGCGGUAAUUUGUGAUGUAAACCUGAGAUAUAUGUUCAUUCCAUUCAUCGAUAUUCUUGUUGAAUCUUUUGACCCAUAAGAGAUUUUCCCUUUUAAUUUCA